AUGGACCAGCCCACAGGAUCCUCGGAAGCAGAACGCGCGGUCUCCUCAGAGCCUAGCUCAACGAGACCGAACCCUUUUACCGAAGGCGACGAUUCUUCUAGGAAACGACGCCGAACCUCAAUGUCUGGCGGCUCCCGGAGCCUCUCAGUCGAGACCACAAAGUCGGACAUCGGCAUUUCAAGCUCCCCCAACGCACACCGCACCGACGACGCGAUCACGCAAGAUUCUGCCAUGAAGAUAGAUACUGGCCCUUCCACCCCGCAGACGCCAGAGCCGCAGUCGAAUGCACGAGAGCCCCCAACAGAACCUUCCUCGAGCCGGGUCACGAUAAACCUGCGCAACACCGCCCAGCCUAGCCCUCUGUCCCCGUCUCCCGUCUCCCCGACGCCGCAGACGUUGCCAGACCGGCCGACCAAGCCUUCGGACAGUGUCAAGAAUAGCGUAGAAGACUUGGACGAAGUCGAUAUGGCGCAAGCUCCUAUCGAGAUCACAGAUACCCCGCCUUCUUCUUCAUCGAGCCCAAAGAGCCCCGAGGUAGAAGUUGUUGUCGUACCCGACGAUCAGGAUGGUCCAUUCGACGACGAUGAGGUCAGCAUCAUCCGUGAGGAUGCUGCAUCCUUCGACCCAACCUCCGAAUUUCCAUACCACGACGUCCACGAGUCGUUGUCGGAGACGGUUGCGAAGCUGAUUAACUAUCUGUCUUCUCAAGCGCCACCAGAGGAGGCUGUGCUGGACUCUUUGCGUUCCUGGACGAUACAGUACACCAAGUACGUCAGUAUCGUCGGGAUGAGGGUUGCACAUGAGUCCCAAAUGGCUUACCACACAUUCUGGCACAUGUUCCCAGAAGUGGCUUGGGUACUGUCCAACAAAAAACAACCGUUCUCGCCGGAAAGCCGGCAUAUUGUCGCCGACUUCUUCAUCGCCUACUCCAGAAUGGCUGCUUACUUCGUCGAAUCCGAUUUCUUGACCGCUCAAGCGUUCCAAGCAUCCCUAGACGACGAGCGUCGACAACCCGAGUUUCUUCUCUCUCGCUUCUUGCAACCACUGACGUCCUUCGCCAGAAGAGAACACAACCGGAUUCAGAAUGGCCAAUUGCACGACGAGGAGAUGCUUGGUACGGAGAUGGUGAACGCUUUCCAAGUGGGCAUUGGCAGCAUUAAAGGCUUGAUCAAGCUCGCCCAGAUGCACUUGAGUAACGCUUCGAGGUACCAACAUCUGAUGGACGUACUUUCACCGAUCUGCAAUGUCGCAGCCCUCAUCAUUCAGAAGGCCAUUCAAAGUGUCCACCAUGAUGCUUCCCCUCAGAGCGUGGAAACAGCAAAAGUGCGUUUGGCAGAUGGUCAUAUAUUAUACAACCUGGUCUCUGCUGCACUACACAAGACGAUCGAGAACAAGGUUACGCAGCUUUCGAACGAAACGACCCAGAGUUUGGUCACCUCCCUCUCGGAAAUCCUUAAAACCUCUUUGGGCGGUGACCACAGGCUGGCUACAGAACGGCUCAAAGCACAUCAUCAAGCACAUCCCGAUCUGCCCCAACGUUUUACGCCAGAGGCCAUCUCGUCGGAAUGGCGGUUGGGCGUGUUCGGAAAGCUGAUUACGUCAAGCCAGAUGCAACUGCGUGUCAUGGCAGCCUCUACGAUGUGCCAAGAUUUGGUCACUUGCUGGAAAAGGUACAAUGACAAUGAGGACGAAGACUGCAGGCUGUUUUUGAACUACGUGGCCGAAUAUCUGCUCCGGACGAAGCUGGUCGACUACGUCUUGGGUCCGACUUGCCAUCCCGAAAUUACCGUCGAGAGUGGCAACAUCGUGGGCUUCUUGGUGGUCACGCGCUUCUACCGCAGCGAGCAAACAGACUUGCUCUGGCAGACAAUCACGACUACCCAAGAUCCACGUGUGUCGGAAGCCUUGAUUCGCAUGACGACGGGCAUCGUCAAUCUGUUCUACAAGGAGGAACUGCUUUACUUGUGCGAAAAGUUACAAACCUUAGCGAUCGACAACUUCACCCCACCCGUGAGAGGCCUUUGCGAGAGCAGUCUCAGAGCGCUUCAGACUAAGGUUCAGCUCGCAGGAGAGACUCAGAGCGUCUUGCCAUUGAGCAUCUGUAUCCGACUUCUGCGGGAGUCUUCGGUAUACGUCUCGGACUCGGUUGUUGCCCACCCAGACGUCCAUCACUUCGCCUUGAACAAGCUGAGAGAGUUCAUGAGGGGUGGCAUUGAGCCCCAGGUCCGCGGAGAGAUCUAUCAUGACUGCAUCAAGGACAUAGCCUCAAAAACGCCCACGACGCUGGGGACCUUGUCGUGUCUGUCUGUGGCCUUGCGACCUGCCGUGGCCUCAGAGCUGCGCGUGUUGACAACGGAUCACAACCUGACCUUGUUACUAGUGCAUGAGCUUGAGCAUGCGAUCGACCAAGGGAAACAAACCGGCAUCCGGAAGAUUCUUGGCGGGGACGUCAACUACCCUCGCAGAGACCUCAUUGCCAACAUCCUAGCCUAUGAGCCGUCCACGAUCACAUCGGACCUUGGACCACGCUUGUGGGACAUGCUUGUUGGCCAUGGUGCUGCCUGUCAGGACGAUCGGGACGAUGGCUGGAAAAUCCUCAACGCUACCCCCAAGACGAUCCAUGGCAACCCCUUUCUUUCGGUCUGCUUCAGCGAGUACCUGCCAAGUCUUCCUCGUGACUGCCUCUGCGGAGGUGCCUUGGAGUUUGUUAGGAACGCAGUCCUACCUCGCGUGAACGAUAUCAACGACAUCAUCUUGGAUGAUGGUGAAAGCCUUGCGCAGAGUGGGGUCGAGCAACUCUGGCGCAUGAUUCUUGAUGCUGAAGAUGCCGCGAUGGCAGACAAGGAUAUACCACUUGUGGAUGCCGCAAUCCAGACGCUUGUGGGCGAUAUCUACGUCGAUAGUGAGUCAAUCUUGGCGUAUCCGCACCACCGAGCUUGCCAGGUUCACAUGGGACUCGUCUCUCGCUGCUUGAAGCAAAUGGAAGACGCUGCAAAGCGGCUGGAGGCUUUUAACGACGGAGCCUGGAGCGGUGAUGACGAGCCUAUGAUUAUUGUGGCAACCGAAACGCAAACGCUGGAACAAGAGCGUAUUUUUACGCGGUCGCUUGCAGUCCUCCGACAUUUUCUAAAGGCUCACCAGGCCAAGGCUCACUUUUCUGCCCCCGACCUCCGUGCUUUGACACCUGGCUCGCCAGGCAUAGCUGAAGGCGAGUCUGCUGAGCUCAAGUUCCAGUCUUUCGAUGGCAACACGCAGACGGACAUUAUGCCCCUCCAGGUUGGCAGACGAAAUACUGCUGCCUCACUUUUGGCGAGCAUUCGUGAAGCAACUGGCUUCGACAACUACCGGAUCUACUACCGUGGUCAGCCCUUCGCCCCCAACGAGGUUGAUGUCUGCCGCCCUCUCGAAGAACUGAAGAUCCACGAUGGCCUGUUUUUGGUCAAACGGGAGCACACUGGUACAGCCAUGGCAUCUAGGAUCAAGCCAGGCGCCUCCCUGUUGGAGAUUGAGAUUUUGGGACAUUUUGAGCAACUGUGGAACUACUUGAGUAUGCAAGAUAUCAUUGCCGCAGAAAUCCAUUCUUUUCUCACCAAGCUACCCGCCGAUGUCCACAUGCUAGCUGCCUUCGACUCGCCGACAACCUCGUACCAGCAGAUCUUCCCUUCUGGGCAGCCCUUCAAGUCGCUGUACGCCCUGUACGCCAUGACGGAGUAUAUCGGCACAGCUGGACGUCGUCUGAAGGAGUCGGAGUCGACAAUCUCUGAUUCAGGUGACGCCAAGGUGGAGUCAUACCUCGAUGCGCUCGCUCGGGUGAGGGCCUUGGUUGUGGCGGCGAUCUCCGACCGCGAGAUUCUUGAGGGGUGUGCCUCGGAAGCCCUGAGAAACCGCCUGAGUUUCAACUUGAUGAACGUUUAUGGCUUGACUUUCAGAGAUCCUGGCCUCGACGGUAUCGACAUUCUGCCCGGCUUCUCAGCCAUAGCACCUGCAGAUCGCCUUGUUGAAAUACUCUUGGUGGCGAUCUCGGUGCAAGACCACACCAGCCUCAUUCCCCUUAUCGCAUCGACAUUUUCCGCAAUCCUUCGCAGCGCAUCUGUCGACAACGCUUUCUGGACUUCCUUGAAAGCCUUACCCAAUCUCGAGGAGCUGAUGGGGGUUUUGCUCCUGGAUGAACCUUCCGAGGCAAUCCGUGCAAACAUCGUCAAGCUCUUGGAGGAGAGGGUCAUCUCUCGCGAUCAGCCUGCUUUGGAUACCGUCUCAUUUUGUGACUUUCUUUGGCCGAUAUUGCAUCGGCUGAUCCCACGGGCGGCGAAGUCUCCGAAACAAUGCAAACAAGUCUUUGAGCUCUCUCUGACACUGCUGCGUGAAAUGGAUUUCGAAGACGCCCACGCUGUCGACAUCCCUACUUUGGCAAGCGAUUGCGGGAGACUUCUUCUCGAGCACGACUCAUCCGAACAACUGGGUCAUGUUGGGUCUGACGAUGCUGUGGCCGAGGGCUUACUGAAGCUCUUCCAAAGCUGCCAGAACGAAGGGUCCUAUGUGGAGAUGGAUCACAACCUCCCAGCUAACCUUGGGAAGAAGCUCUUCUGGAAGCAUCUGUUCCCCCCUCCAGGACAGCAUGGCUCGAGUUCAGGUCGAUCUUGUCUCCUGUCAACCAACACGAGAUCGACACUGUGCCAAAUCAUCUUCGACCUGGUCAGAGACCGAGACCGCGAGUUUCACGCUAUGCUUGAGGACCUCGAAAGCCUAGUGCCUUUUGAUGAGUUCGACAUUGGUUCGUCUCCCAAAUCUGCCACCCCUCGUGCAAACAGCUUACGUAGAGAGAAAGACCCGUAUCUUUAUGAACUGCAGCCCCAGUUUGACCGAAUGUCAGCGGUAAGAGCUCCUUGUGGGUAUGCGGGACUUCGCAAUCUGUCCAACACCUGCUACCUGAACUCCCUGUUCACUCAGCUCUUCAUGAACACCGAUUUCCGCCACUUCAUGAUGAACGCCCGCGUUCCAAGCCAGUCAAAUACGCACACGCUUCUCAGAGAAACCAGGAAACUGUUUGCGUUCAUGCAGGAAAGCUCCCGCAAGUUCAUCGACCCAAGCUUGCUUGCCGGUUCAAUCAAGACGUAUGAAGAGACCAUCAUUGAUGUUCACAACCAGAUGGAUGUGGAUGAGUUCUACAACCUCCUUUUCGAUCGCUGGGAAGGGCAGCUCUCGACGGCAGAUGAUAGAAAAGCCCUGAGGUCCUUCUAUGGAGGUCAACUCGUGCAGCAAGUUGCUUCCAAAGAAUGCGAGCACAUCUCUGAGCGACUUGAGCCGUUCUCGGCCAUUCAGUGCGACAUCAAGGGGAAAAGCACGCUUCAGGAUAGUCUCCAGGCCUACGUCGACGGCGAAAUCAUGGAAGGAGACAACAAGUACAAGUGUUCGAGCUGCGACCGACAUGUAGACGCCGUCAAAAGAGCCUGCCUGAAGGACAUCCCGGACAACCUGAUCUUCCAUCUCAAGAGGUUCGAUUUCAAUCUGCGAACUCUGAUGCGAAGCAAGAUCAACGACCACUUCUCCUUUCCCACAAAACUCGACAUGCGCCCAUACACCAUUGACCACAUCGGGUCUCCUUCCGACUCUGGUGAAGAGGACAUCUUCGAGUUGGUCGGUGUUCUUGUUCACGCAGGCACGGCGGAGUCUGGCCACUACUACUCGUACAUACGGGAACGACCAACUGCAGCGUCCUCCGAGGCAUGGUUCGAGUUCAACGACGACGUCGUCUCGCCGUGGGAUCCAGCGAAAAUGGAAGAGUCGACCUUUGGCGGCACGGAUGGAUCCUUGGAUGCCGGUAUCACUUACGACAAGACAUACAGCGCAUACAUGCUCUUCUACCAACGGUCUUCGGUCCUGCGAGCAGAGCAGGAGAAGCUGCAGAGUCUCUCGCUAAGGACUCCCUUGAAGGUUGAUGUUCCUGCCGAGGUUGCCGACCACAUCAACGGCGAGAAUGCCAUUCUGCUCCGACGGCAUUGUCUCUACGACCAAAGUCACUCGCAGUUCGUGCUCCGCAUGUUUCAGAACGCCAAGAUGCGCAACAACGGCAACUGUUCGAAGAUGCACAUCAUCGAGCAACGUGCGAUGUGCAUGCUUCUCGGCCACCUCGACCAGGUUGUCUCCAGGACCAAAGAUCUUCCCUUCUUCGAGCUUUUCCGAGACGAGAUCGAGCAUGCGAUCCGCGACUGCGCUAAGUGCGCCGUGGACUUCUUCGAUUACUUCCAAGAGAGGCACGAAGCGUUCCGGCAGCUCAUUCAGAGAAACCCUGACAGCGGCGUCAGGUACUCGGUUGGAAGCCUGUUCAUCACAGCCCUGCAGCAGAUCAAGAACUCCAAGCCGGAGGUCUGGGAUUUGUCCCAUGGAGACAUGGCCGAAGACCCUAUCAUGAUACAAGUUGUUCAGCUUUUUGACACACUUUGGAGCAACUUCCAUGCCAACAUACGGUCGUGGCCUGAAGUGUUCCAAACCAUUCUGGCCUUCGCACAGAUGGGCCCGUCGGAGACAGCUGUGCUCAUGUCGGAAGACUGGUUAUUCAGGGUCCUGCGCAUCAUCUUCGCUGACACCAACAUGGACCUCCCCAAUAACUACGCCCGGAUGUUGGCCAACAUCAUCCGCCGGAUCAACAACACGCGCUCGACCUCGUACGAAAUGAUCAUUCAACUCAUUGACCACUUCAUGGACUCCUUGGAGGAUGUCCUUGACGUUCACACCAUCGUGGAGAGCCACGAGAUGCGGUUGGAAAUUUACAUGGAACAUCAAGCGCCGAAAAUGUCCUGGACGCCCGACGAAGUGAAUGUAUUUGCCCACGAAUGGAGCAAAGGAACAGGCAGCACUUUUGUCAAGAAGUUGAUCGACCUCGACCAGGAGCCAACCUACACGGCGUCAAUCAUCAAGCGGAUCAUGCACCUGAACCACGACAUGGACCACAGGGUGUUCCUGGCUAUUAAGAAUAUGAUUACAGGCCAAGUGGUUCAGUAUUCCAUGGCGCCCUACAUCAAAGCCGCUGUACUAUUCUCGGAGGAAAGCAGGAAUUCAAACUGCGUCCAGGCCCUGUUCCGGCACAUUGCCUUUCAGUGCAGAACUCUGCAGAACGCGGACGGCAAAGCCUUCCUCGACUUCUUCACGCGCGCCUAUUUCAGCCUACAGAACGGAAAAGAGGAGGUCAGGGCCGCUCGGUAUCCCCUGUACAUGGAGCAAGUCCCCUCGUGGGCACCCUCGCUGUUGGGCUACUACAUCGCAGAGGUGCGGCAGGGAGCGGAGGAAUUCUUGACCGAGUGGUUUGCUAACCACGAAGCGGUCGAAGACGGAAAUGAAAAGGCGGCCACCGCCUUGAAUUCGGUGGUCCGGAGACUUGCUAUGAACUGCCUCAUAUAUCUUCGAGAGCACUUUGUGCAGAGACGCACCCAAGUGGCCAAGCAGUCCACGGAACCCUUACUAUCCAUCGUCACCUUGUGCGAACCCUUCUUCACGGCCGGGGUGGGACUCAACGGGAUGAGUCUCGUUCCUUACGAAGACUUCCAGGAACUCUACCGCUCCGUCAUUGACCCGCUGCGACGCAUGACAGUGGAGGAGUUGGAGGAUGAGGGUUCCGGUAUGUCCCCAGGACUCUAUAGUGACACGGAGACACUCGGCUCAGAACCAUGA